AUGGACCGACUCAAAUGGGCGCGAUCAUCGGGAGCAUUACGCAUCUUCAAGGUUUUACUCAAAUUCUCUCUGUAUGGCCGGACAGCGAACUAUGCCGGCACCUCAGGAGCUCACCACGCAUCGCUUGCACCCUUAUUCUCGCGCUUCCAGCACUCGUUCUUACCCGACUCAGAAUUCAUCUUCGACAGCAUCUGGGAGCGUAGUCUCUCCUGCAGAGAAAAAAAAUGGAAGAAAGUAUGCAUGGACGAUGUAGACUUUCUCGACCAUCCAGCCAUCAUAUGGGCGCGCAGCCGUAUGAUUAUGGAUCUCGUAGCCACAAAAGGGUGGAUGAAAAAUGAGACCAGGACAGAAAAAGAGCUGAUGAAUAUCUACUUGGGCGAAAUCGUUGCUCAGGCCAAUGCUUUAUUCCACCGCACGACAAAGAAUAUCAAGAGUUUACUUAAGUAUGGUGUUUCUCAAUUUCGCAACCACCUUGCAGUAACGGCGGAUCGCUUCGUGUGUCUCCACAAUCUGGAACCAAAGAAGGAGGAUAAUCUAUCCGAUAGUGCCCGUCAAGCUUUUAUGAUGGCACUCAGAACCCAGAUCUUUGAUUCGAAUCAGCAAUGGACGUACUUUUUACACAGGCAGGUGUACACCGCGGACUCCGUCAUACUUCAUCUUUUUGGAAACCUCGCUCUAGAAGAAACACAUCUGGGGAUAUGGUAUGGCAGCAAGUAUUCGCCGUUCCGCGACAUGAACAUGAGGGCAGAGAUCAAGACCACGAUGCCUCUCAUGCUUUCUGAAAGUGCUGCUGGAGCGCAGUGUGCUAUCGAUAGGGCGGUAGAAGGAUGUUUGUCAGACUCGCGUAAGGGUGUGCCGCACUUCAGUGCGAAAUUAUAUGCCAGUCGGCAGGCUGCGUAUCACAACACCAUUUUAGAGUCCUUGGCUGACCCUCUCCAUAAGGAAUCAUUAGAGGCGCGUUUUUUAGCUCUUCAUCGAAGAGGUCUCGAACUGACAGAUACCCCAUUUGGUUUGUCGACGCCAUCACAAAUUGUAUAUGUGCCUACAAGACGAGAUGAGAUAGUAAGGCCGCUCCCGCAAUCAUCGUCGGCGGCGAUGCGGAUGCCUAUCCAGGAGGGGUUACAGUACCUGACAGGUCAUCAUCACGCAGACUUGGCCCAGGGGACCUCGUCCAUGGCUUAUUCGGGUACAGGCGUCUUCAUCGAUGAGGAGUUGGAGUACAACCUUGAAGCAGACAAGAAUUUGAUGCCGGACACAAUUUUGAACCAAGGGACAUACAGAUUUUUCUGA